AAACCCAACCUCAAAAAAAAUAAAUUAAAAGACCCAAACAUAAACAAAACCUUGGGCUUUUGCUUUCUGCUUUUCCGAAUUAAACCUAACAAUCCUGUUAAGUAAAACUCAAGUUUCUCUUAAGUAAAACGUAAGAAUCUCUUAUCAGCACUUUCUGGUGCUUUUUAUGGUCAGUGUUCAGAGGAUUAUGACUGCUUUCAUGAUGGACUACGAAUUCAAAAUGAAAACUCAAACUGAACGGGUUAAAGUCGAAGACUUGUUCGACUACGAGGGCUGCAAAGUGGGCCGAGGCACUUACGGUCACGUCUACAAGGGCAGACGGAAGGACGGGUCGGAUAAUAGGGAUUACGCCCUCAAACAGAUUGAGGGCACCGGAUUAUCUAUGUCAGCUUGCAGAGAAAUUGCUCUUCUCAGAGAGCUCAAACACUCCAACGUAAUAAACCUAGUGAGAGUUUUCCUAUCACACAAUGACCGAAAAGUGUGGCUCAUGUUUGAUUUUGCCGAACACGAUUUAUGGCACAUAAUUAAAUUCCACAGAGCAGCAAAAGCUAAUAAAAAACCUGUUAUGGUACCUAAAGGCAUGGUCAAAUCUCUGCUCUAUCAGAUAUUAGAUGGAAUUCACUAUUUACAUUCCAAUUGGGUUUUACAUAGGGAUUUAAAACCUGCAAAUAUUUUGGUGAUGGGAGAAGGGCCCGAAAGGGGCAGAGUUAAAAUAGCUGAUAUGGGAUUUGCUAGAUUAUUUAAUGCUCCAUUGAAACCUCUUGCUGAUUUAGAUCCAGUUGUGGUUACUUUUUGGUAUAGAGCUCCUGAGCUUCUAUUAGGAGCUAGACAUUAUACUAAAGCUAUUGAUAUAUGGGCAAUUGGAUGUAUUUUUGCUGAACUUCUAACAUCAGAGCCUAUUUUCCAUUGCCGGCAAGAGGAUAUUAAAACAAGCAAUCCGUACCAUCAUGACCAAUUGGAUAGGAUAUUUAAUGUUAUGGGUUUUCCACAUGAAAAAGAUUGGGAGGAUAUUAAAAAAAUGCCCGAGCAUCCUACUUUGACAAAGGAUUUCAAAAAAUCAAAUUAUGUUAACUGUUCUUUGGUUAAAUAUAUGGAAAGACAUAAAAUCAAACCAGACAGUAAAGCCUUCCAUCUUUUACAAAAAUUACUUCUCAUGGAUCCAAAUAAAAGAAUUACUUCAGAACAAGCCAUGCUUGAUCCGUAUUUUUCUGAGGAACCGCAACAUACCCAAGACGUUUUUGCUGGUUGUCCAAUCCCAUACCCAAAACGUGAAUUCCUAACGGACGACGAUCAAGAAGAAAAAUCUGAUAACAAACAAAGACAAAACCAGCAGCAACAACAACAACAGCAGCAGCAGCAGCAACAACAACAACAACAACAGCAACAACAACAACAACAACAGCAACAACAACAGCAAUCGCAACAGCCUCAGCAGCAGCAACAGCAAAAUCAACAAGAUCAGCACCCUGCUAAGAGGAUGAGAGUUGCAGGACCGCCUGGUCAUCCUGGACAAGUUAAUCAACAACAAAUGCCCAUUUCUCAGCAACAGCAGGAGUUCCAUCAGCAACAAAUGAUGUUUAACAGUAAUCAGCAACAGCAGCAACCUAAUUUUCAACAACGAUUUUAAAUGGAAUGGAGUUGAUUGGGUUUUAUUUUAGAUUGAUUUUAAAAACUCAUUAUAAUUAUAGUUUAUUUAUAUUCACUAUAAACAUUUUAAAAGUAUUAA